AUGGACGUCAAUGCGCGCGGGAUGGUCCAGCGCAUUGCAUCAACGUAUGUGGUACCCGGAGUGAAAAUGACGGUCCUAAUGCAGCCAGUGUCUUGCCGAUUCCCUGCUGCGGACGUCAGCAGAAACAAUCUUCAAGAGCUCUACCAAAAUCACGUAGGCUCACAAGUGCGAAAGUACGGUGCACAUCUUUGGUGCGGCACCAACAACCACACCUCAAAUCCCGUUUCAAUCCUGCUUCCCUCCUGGUCCUCAUCCAAGGAGAACCCAACUUCCUGCAGAUACAUCAACAUCCCAGCCUCGAGCGUCUCCACCACUCUCGAUCUCCAAACUUCCGUCUUCCUCACAGACAAGGUAACCCGCUGCAGUAUACAGGACUGCAAUGCCCAAACAAGUGAAUUCGGCUUAGGCCCCUCAAUCGAUCCCCAAGAACAUUGGAAAUACCGGUUCCUUAUGGAUGCUGACCGGGCCAGUUUCAGCGGGCGCUUCUUGCCAUUUUUGCAAAGCAGGAACCUCCCGUUUCCGUUUCGCACCAAUAGGCGACUGACGCCGUGGCAUCACUUUGUGCCGAUUGAUGUUCAAUUGCACGGAUUGUGGAAUUCUCUGGCAUAUUUCUCUGGGGCAAGGAUCGUGGAUUCCAAUGCUCCUGAUGCUGGUACUGAUGCUGGCCUGAAUAACGAAAAAAGUAGUUGUGACAUUACGAAAAUUAAGAACGAAAAUGCGGAGGAAAAAUUAUCAAAGACGACUAUCAAUACCAAUCGCAACGGAGACGAUGAUUGCGAUAAUCACAAAAUUCUGAUGUAUCCACAUACUCGCAAAGGCGAAUUUAUAGCUGAAGAAGGCUGCAAACGGGCUGAAAAGGUGCUUAGGAAGGAAGAUAUGGAAAUCUACAUGUUUCGGCCGCUGUUGGAGUGGGAGCGGUUGACGGAUGAUAAGAUGGAGUUGGGGUUUCAGAUCUGA